CUAUGUUGACAUUUUGAAUCUAUUUAAAUUUAUAUCCAUCCAUUCGCUGAUUAGUGCAUUUGUUGCCCAUACUCUAAAUGGGAGGGUGUUGUUCCUCCCAGGCACAAUGUUGCUUUUGGAAGGCAUCAUGUGGCCUAUGCUGUUUUUGUCUACCACCUAUAAAUGAAUCAACAACUACACGUAUUAUGUAUACCAUCUUAUUUGUUAUUGGUUUCCUGGUUGCCUGUUUUAUGCUGUCACCAAAUUUUGAACAUGCUAUUAUGGAAAAUAUACCAGGGUUCAAUGAGACAUGUUUGGACUUAAAUGCAGGAGCCAACUGUAGCAGGUUAACAGGCUAUAAAGCAGUAUAUAGACUGUGCUUUGGAAUGGUUGUGUUCAGCUUCUUCAUGUGUAUCAUGACACUUUGUGUAUCAUCCAGUGCUCAGUGCAGAGGAGCGUGGCAUAAUGGAUUUUGGUUUUGGAAGUUUUUACUGCUGCUAGGUUGUUGUGCUGGAGGAUUUUUUGUGCCAUCUUUAUACAGUAUAUACUGGAUGUAUUUUGGUAUGGUUGGAGGUUUCAUCUUUAUUUUACUACAGCUCAUUCUCCUGGUUGACUUUUCACACUCCUGGAAUGCUGCAUGGACUGGUCUAAAGAAAAAUGAAAAAAGUUGUGUUGGUUAUUGUGGUACUAUGAUCUGUGCUGGCAUGUUGUAUGCUUUCUGUGUCUUUGGAACUAUCAUGCUGUUUUUUAACUACACCAGUAUGAAUGGAUGUACUCACAAUAAAGUAUUUAUUGGAGUGAAUGUUGGACUCUGUAUUCUGUUAUCUUUUGUUACUAUGUUACCAGUGGCAACCAAAUACAAUAAAAACAACAGUCUUCUACAAGCAUCUGUCAUAAGUACAUAUGUGAUGUAUUUGACCUGGUCAGCACUGUCUAGUGAACCUCCUGAAGAGAUUACCAUGAUAUUAGAAACAGUCAGGACUAGAGUAUUAGAAUCUAUGCGACAAAUAGAUCCAUCAAACACUGGUUCUGCACCUUCGGAUAACGAACUUCUCAGGAAGAUGGACCAUGCUUCUGGACCACAAGACAGUUUUCAUGUUAUGACUAAUACUACAAAGAUAAUGUGUCGGCCUAAACCAUCAUUUGCCUAUAGUGAAAUGGUAUCAGCCUAUGCUGGACUAGUGAUUACAUUUAUCAUGGCGGUGUAUGCAAGUUUAACAUCUUCAAGAGAGUCCCACAAAUUUGGGAUCAGAAGGGGAUCAAGAAACAAUAUACUGGAACCAAGACAUGAAAAUUGUAGUUGUUGUCCAGUCAGUCAAAGACACAACCCAACUGAGAAAGGGGGCCAACCUGUUAGCUAUAAUGAAAACAAUGGUACAUCCUACAACUACGCAUUCUUCCACUUAGUGUUCUGUUUAGCUAGCCUUUAUGUCAUGAUGCAGCUCACAAACUGGUACAGGCCUGCUGAAUCUGACAUAAAUAAGUUUGGCCUAAAUUGGUCAGCAGUAUGGGUAAAGAUGGGAUCAAGUUGGACAUGUGUUAUUGUAUACCUGUGGGUAUUGUUUUGUCGUAGGUGUUGUCCAUGUUGUAGAGAUCUAUCAUUUCCCAGGGAUGAAGAUCCGGAGAUCGAGGUAGGAGAGUCAGCAAGUCUCAACCAAACUACUGAGGCAAUCACGUCCAGAGAAUCAGUUCUUUGAAUUUAGUUAUUUUCUAAUUAUUUGUUACGUCUCAGAAAUAUAAUUAUAUAUUUUUCUUAUUAGUACUUUUUUCAUUUUAUAUAGUGUUAUUGUUUUUGUAUACUUCAUGUUUUUACCAUGUUUAUAAUUGUUGUUUUUGUAUCUUUUUUUGGAAAGAAAAUUUAGUAGCACUAGUUAAUUUAUUAAAACUUGAUUAUCAUUCAAUAGGGUAUAGGUAUGUCCUGAUACCAGCUGACAAUUCCUGAAUCGUUUGUCAAAUAAAUCAACAAUGUUCUUUUUCUCUUUUGGCAAACGUAUAUUAAAUAUGAUCUGUUUGUUGAAGGCCAAAUCCCCCAAUGGAAAAAUGAAAUAACUACACAAUCUAUGUUUGUAUAUUUUUCAUGUAAACCUUUCUCAGGCUAACCUAUUUAAGAUGGUUGAGGUCAAAACAGAAUUAAUUAUGCAGACAAAUCAGGUUUAAAUCAUAAUAUUUUAUAUUUUAUGAAAUAUAUAUAUAUAUAAUCAAUUUUUAUGUAUGUUUUUAUCUUAAACUUACAAUAAACCAUGGAGGUAUAUAAAUAUUGUCUUUAUGAUUGUAUUAUUUAUGUUGUAUGUACAAUCCCUUUAUUAGUAUUGAACAAAACCCCAAUAGAAAUGCAAAUCUUUUUGCCACAAAUAAGUUUUAGUACUUUUUUGUUUUUAUCAGUUGUAUUGUUUAAUUUCAAAAGGUACAAAGAAUUUUUUUAUGAAAUUAAUCUGAAAUUUACAUUUUUUCCACAUGAAAAUUAACUAUAUAAUUUAUAAAAGAAUUGUUUUCACAUGGGUGUUAUUUAAAAUUUACAGGAAAUUUUAUUUAGUAAUUUCACCUUAAUUGUUUAACUAACACUAAAAUUCAUGUUGUAUUUUGAUAUAAACAUGCAUAAUAUUUAAUAUAAAAAGUGUCCUUUUGUUGUGAAAUUUUUCUGUGUUUUUAACAUAAAGUUCUCUCUUUGAAUAAAUUUUAAUUGAUAUAGUAAUUCGGUUUGAAUGAAAUGUAUAUAAAGAGAAAUUUCCUCAAAAUAAGUGCCAUACUAAUUGGUUUAUAUUUUUCUAGGCUGGAGGCAACCACAUGUUAAUUUGUUUCAAUAUUUUUAUCAUGUACAAUGUAAAACAUUUUUAUAAAACCUUUUUCUGUGAAUAGAAUGUUUCUUUAUUUUCCAUCCAAGAAAGAAUUUCAUGAAUUAUAUAAAAUAAAAGGGCAUUGUAAAUCCAGAAGUAAAUACAAUGUUUUUAUUGAAGUGAAAAAUGCAACAGGAUGAAUGUUUAAAACAUUUAAACUCAAAUUGUAAUUUUGUUUUUGUAAUAGUCUACUACAACAUCUGGAGGAACCACAUUUACUUAUCUUGCAUUCUCAUCAUUAUAUAUAAAUGAAGGUUGAUAAUAAUUCAAUGCCAAAUGCAAUAGGUAUUUCUAGGUAAAUGUCAGCUAACUACCCCAAAUGAUUCUUUGAUUAUUUGAUAGAAAACGUUACAGUACUUGCACAGAGUACCCAAUUUGCACCCAUUUUGCAUAAAAAGCGACAGAUAUCUUAUAGGAUUUCUUAGACGCUAAACAAUUCAUCUUUUUAUCAUUUAUUAUUAUGCAUGUGUUUCAACAAAGUUAAAUAUUCUAAAAACUGCUCAAAACAGUCAUAUUAUAUAUCAACAGAUGAAGUCUCUCGUGAAAAUAGUAAAAUUUACGAAAACAAUAAAUGCAACGUCUACAAAAAGUCAGCUUUUAAAAUUGAGAGAUUAAAAUGUGUCGCAGAAAUCCAUUUCAUACAAAAUGCAUAAUUGGCAUGGACUAUUAUCAAAUUGUUAACAAAAUUUGUAGAAAUAAAACAAAACAUCAGUUGUUAGGUUGUUAGAUUUUUAUGGAUGUGUAGUUGAGCAUGGGUACAAUUUAGGUACAUAAUCUUGGAUCAUUUGGAGGUUGGUUCAAAUCAAUUGUAUAUGAUUCAGUAUGGAUUCAAAUCAAGUUUGUGGACCUAUAUAGUAGAUAAAUGAUGGUGAAAAACCUUUCAAAAUAGGUGCAAUUUAGGUACCGUCACAUUACACUUACAGUGUUUAUGCCAUACCUCUGAAAAUGUGUCAUUGGGCAUUACAACAUGAUAGUGGUACUUAACAAAUCUUGAACUUUAUCAUAUUUUUGUUUUUAUUAUAAUGCAGUCAGUACUAAACAAAAUGUUUGUUAAAUGUUUUGUACUAACUGAUUCCAGUACAUUUAAUGAUGGUAAAUUUCAAGAUUAAUAGACAAACAUCUAAUUGCCAGUAAUAUUAAGUUUUAGUGUAUUAUAUGCAUAAAUGUUUAUGUAUUUUAUAUCCUCUGUUUUAUCUGUAGUCAUUCCUUGGUAAAAUAUUCAGUAUUCUGUUUAUUUAUUUAUGAUAUUUAUAUUUAAUUUGUUUUAUCAUAAUAUUACAGCCAUAUUGUUUAAUAAUUUUUUAUAGAAGUUUUUUUAAUGUUUUUUUAAUAUGGUGUUUGGUAUUAUUAUGAAGUUGCUCAAACUUUCUAUGUGUUAGAGGUUUCACAACGAGUGAGAAUUGGAUAUCUCUUGAUAUCAACUCAAGCCAUUUAAUUUCAAUGUAAUAAUAAACGACCCUUUGGGGAGUUGAUAUAUUUAUUGAAGUUAAAAAACAAGGGUUGAUAUCAAGCCAUAUCCAAUUCUCACGAGUUCCUAUUUCCCUUAUGGUAAAAAUUCUCUUUGUUCUGGUGAAAGGUUUUUGAUUGCACAUGCUUCUCUUCAAAUGUUAGUUUGCUUAUGGUAUUGAGAAUAUUUUGUUCUUGAACGAGACUAUUGUUAACAUCAGAAGUUUCCAAGCAUUUUGGACGUUUCAUAAUGGAACUAAAUUUGAAGAAAAAAAUACUUUCAGAAGAAACAUGCGAGUGUUUUGUAUAUUAUUGAAGAAAUCACUAAUCUCCAUUGACAAUGGGGAGAUGUAACCUUUGAAAGUCAUCAUUUACCUUACAAAUAGCCAAUGAAAAUGUUUCAAUUUUGUAACAUUUAACAGAAUAAAUGAAUAUUUCUUAUCACUUAUUCAUAUCACACUCUUUUCACUGUGAUGAGAGAAAUAUCAUUUGGGAAAUAGAUAAAACAUCACUGCCAUAAGGGAAAACAAUUUAGUUGUUAAAUUCCUCUUGCUAAAUUCUUUUUUAUUUGGUUAAACAGAAUUGUGUACAGUUGAAAAAUUAAUUUACCAUUUUUCCUUUCUUAUGUUCUGACUUUCCCACAUCUCUUAGUGUUGUAAUAUUUUGAUAGAUAAUAAUAAUAAUAGAACAGAUGGCUAUCUUUUUAAGGAUCAGUUAUAUUUAGUAUUAAACUCGUCACAGGGUAGACGGUUAUAAAUGUUGUUCCAUAAAAUCAUACAUGGGACCCAGGGAAGGCACUUUGAAAUCUAAACCAUGUAUGGGUGUUAAUGACUAUUUUGUAAAGUGAAAAUGACAGAAAUAUAUUAUAAAAUUGCUUGUAUAGAUGAUUAUCCCAUUUUCAAAGUGCAUUCCCUGGGUACCUUGUAUGUUUUAAUGGAAUAGCCCUGAGCAACAACUCUGACUUUACAUUUUUGUUGCUUAACCUAUUCUUAUAGUCUUUGUAUAUAAAGCAUUUAGUUUUUGUUGAAUGAAUUCUGUUUUAGACAGAUUUACCAUUGUAUUAUAGAUUAUAUAUGAUUACCAAUGCAAUGAAUCUCACUUAUUGAUCAAGGUUGUACAGUUUUAAAGAUCUAUUGGGACCAAACUUAUGUUACAGUACCAAGUUUUAUUUAAAGAGGGAAUCUUCUGUGUAUAUAUAUAUAUAUAUAUAUACCUGUACAUAAAAAUGAGAAUGCUUUUUCUGACAAGAUUUUUAAUCAAACUUAAGGCUUUUGCUUGAAAGUAAUUUCAUAAUGUAGUUUUCUGCAUGAACACAAACAAUGGCGGUUGUAUAAUGGUAUCUAUCUGAUCUCAGAAAAUUUAUUUCAAAAUGCUAUAUUGUCAAUAGACAUACUGUUGUUUUUAUUGUUUCCAGCAUAUAAGGGACUCAAAGGGGUUCUAUAUCCAACUUUUAAAAUUAAACUUUUUUAAUAACACUUUUUUUUUUAUCUAUUUAAGUUUUUGAUGAAAUUCUAUCUCCCUGUUUUGCUAUCUUAUGACCUGGGUCUGUUUGUUCUAAAAUUGAACAGUUGGUCACAUGAGGAAACCUAAGCUCAAAUAAUAAUAUAUAUUGCAAAUAUAUUUCCAUCAAGUGUAGAUGUGCUUCUUCAAUUUUUUUGGAAGAAAAUCAUUUUUUACGCAUAUUCUAAAGCUCUUGACAUUUUUAAGACACAAGGAGUUGUCCCAACAACAAAUUACUGUGUGGAGCAAUGAACUUUGUUAAUACUUGCUUGUAAUAAACACAUUUUCAAUCUUCCCUUGUCAACAUAUUGUUUUCAUAUCUGAAUGGAUGUUGUAUUUCUGCAACAAUGUAUGUUUUUUUUCUGUAAAUUGACUUAGGACAUCACUUUAAUAAUAUUGAAAAAGUGAUGUGCAGUAUGAAUAAUCUGAUGCAUAAAAAAUAAAACUGUAAAUUAUUUAAAUAGAUUAUAAAAAUCCUUGUACCCAUGCACAAAAACAUGGGUGGGUAGAAAACAAGCUUAAGUCGAUCUGUAUAAGAUUUCACGUCAUUCUAAUAUUAUAGAUAUUAUGAUUUAUUUUUCCUCAAUAUUCUUGGUUCAAAAAUUGUCUUUCCAUUACAAUUUGAUGGCUUUUAUUUGAUUGUAAGGUCUGAACAUAGGAAAGGCAGAACUUUGAUAUGUAUUUAAUCAACCCAAAAAUUGAUGAUGGAUAACAAAACUGGGAGAUAGUUUUAUCCCUCAAACAAUGUGAAUUAAUUUUUUAUCGGACAUCAAUAUUAUGAUGUUGUCCCUUAGAUAAGAAAGUUUAGAAGUUGUUUACCAUUACCUUCUUAAGGCCAUACCAUCACUUUAACCUUUCCUUUUUCAAUACGUGUAUGAUACAUCUAAUAAAUGUUUUUUGUUGUCUUACAAACUCAAAUCCUUUUUUAUAGUAAAGAUGUCUCCCAAGGUAUUUCGGACCAAUAUUACUAUUAUAUUUAGGUUUUAAGACCAUCAAAAUAUCAGAAUGAUUUAAAAAAUAUCACCAUCAAUCAGUUUAGUUUUCGAAAUGACAAUUUGUUUCUCUAGGUUUUUUCAGAUAACUGGAUUCCCGUACAAAUGAGCAACUGGAACCAGUCUUUAAUUAAAAAUGUCAGUGAUAUGUCUAAUUAUAGGUUGUAAAUACAGGCAUUUUUAGUUUGUUUUUUCUAAGGGAUGGAUACCCUAUUUAAUCUUGCCAUGUUUCAUUUUCCCCUUAAAUAUUUUUUUUAAUUUGUACAUAGAAUUUUACAUAAAUUUAUUUUUUAAUAACAUAAAACUGGAAACAAAUAGAAUACAAUCACAGUAUUUUGAUGGGUCAAUAAAUGACUAUCUGAAAGUAUAUACUGGCUUGAGGGCGCAGUCUGAAAGUUAAUUUACUUUCAUGGGUCAAUGAAAAAAUGUAUUGGCCCAAUCAAAAAGCUAAAACUGUUUUAUUAUAACAUCAUAUAAUUCAAAAGCUUUGACUUACCUUUCAAAUUUGUUUUAGUCCAUUUCAGUUCUCUUUUCUGUUAAGUUGAAUGUUGGUCAAAACACCACACCCACAACUACCCAUCUCCGACUCUGGCACAAUAAAGAUUAUUAGUUUAUUACAUAUGAGGUAUUAAUUAUUAUCAUGAAAUGUAUUUUUAAAUACGAUUAAGGUUUAGACAAUUUGAGAGAAUUUUAAGCCUUAUAUGGAUGACCUCAGAACAGAAGGUUAAUAUGUUACUUUUUCUUUUGCAUUACUUCAUAUGUGUUACAUAAAAACUGGUACAAGAAUAUUUAUUCUUUAUAACCCCUCAUUAGGCAACAUAACUUGCACUGCAUUGAUAACAAUAGCCCUUUAUUGUUGAAUUGGCUAUAAUUUGAUUGUACUUAUAUUGUGCUGUGUAUUAGAUAAUCAUUUACAUUUUUGUUAAGUCUCUAUUCACAUACAUGUGCAAUAUUGAGAGAGGUGCUGUAGAAAUCAUCAUGAAGAAUGUGUGAAAAUCAUUAGUAAUCAAUCAUAAAACAUGUGAUGUAUUAUGCAGGUUUAAAAUCAGAUGUUACUUUUACUGUCAUGGUUCAGAUAAUUAUGUUAAAAGAUAUGCAGGGCUUGAUUGUGCAAAAUUUUAUAAAUCAAUUUAUUAUUGUCUUUAAGGAAUUAUUAUCAUUUUAAAUAUUCUUCAUAUUUUAAUGCACAUAGCAUUUGUGUUGUGGAAAGAAAAAGAGCAAGCAGCUGAUGGUGAUGAAGUAUUAUUUUAAUAGAGUUAAUUGACAGUUCUGUCUUGAAUAAAAAAACAUGCUAAAAGAAAAUGUUGAUUUAUUGUAAACUCUAGUGUGUACUAUAGAACAACAGUUUUUGAAUACAAAUUGCAUCAUUUAAUGAAAUUUAUUAUAUUUAUAUAUUCUGUACUAUUGUACAAAUUAAUUUUCCAAUUAUUUAUGUUCUAACAAACACUUUUCAUUCAGUGAAUCUCUUUUUAACUGGACAAUUAAUAGUAAACAAUUUGUCUUCUACUAUCAUAGCUGUUGGUAUCAACAAAAUGGCAAAUAAAAAUUGGCUACAAAAAAAAUGAAUUGAAUCAAUGAAAUUCAAAGUUUACUCAGUAUAAAGAGGUUAACUGUAUUAUUAUAAUUUGCCUUAAUCAAAAUUCUGUGCCUUCAGGUUGUAAUCAUAGUUAUAACAGAUUUUCUCCUAUUUUGUAUUUUAAAUUUAGUUUAUUAUGCAAUAAAAAUUGAUUCUUUUUAA